UUGGAUGGUGGGCCCUGAGUACGAAAGGCUCUGCGGAGACACAUUAGUGGGUUCUCGCACUGGGCCAGCCUCAGCUCUGUACACUAGUUGGUGGCGCACUUGGGGCCGUGAAACGCAACCGCAGUGUUCCCAGCGGUCCCUCGUCGGCUUGCCCGAGGCGGAUUACCCGAAGAGUUGGUGGCGCACUUGGGGCCGUGAAACGCAGCCGCAGUGUUCCCAGCGGUCCCUCGUCGGCUUGCCCGAGGCGGAUUACCCGAUGAACAGGACACGAGUCGGUGUGCACCGUUCCCCUUUGCAUUUUGAGGUCUUCGCCUGCACCUUAGCAGCCCUCCCUGCCAGGCGCAUCAUGCCCCUCGAGAGCUCACUGUGCGGCGAGGUGGCGGCAUCGUCAGCGGCGCCGCGUGUUCCACGUGGCAAGCGUGGAGGGCAGCAGGCACUCCACUGUGCAGUCUGCGAGAAGGAGUUCCGACGCAGGAGUGCCCUCCAGCGGCACUUGCGGACCCAUACCGGGGAGAAGCCUUUCGAGUGCACGUUCUGCGAGGAGAAGUUUGCUCUAAAUGGAAACUUAACAAGGCACCUUCGGAUCCACACCGGGGAGAAGCCUUUCGAGUGUGUAAUUUGCGAGAUGAGGUUCACGGAAGGUGGAACUCUGAGGACGCACCUUCGCACUCACACUGAGGAGAAGCCGUUCGAGUGCACAGUUUGCAAGAAGAGUUUCUCUGACUGGAGCGCUCUAAGAAGGCACCAGCGGACCCACACUGGGGAGAAGCCUUUUGAGUGCGCACUUUGCAAGAGGAAGUUCACUCAGAGGUACCACCUCCGAACGCACCUUCGAACGCACACAGGGGAGAAGCCAUUUGAGUGCGCCGUUUGCAAGAACAAGUUCACUGCAAGUUCGGAUUUAAGAAAGCACCUUCGCACCCACACUGGGGAGAAGCCUUACGAGUGCACCGUUUGCAAGAAGAAAUUCACGCAAGGUCGAAGUCUGAGAAUGCACCUUCGCACUCACACUGAGGAGAAGCCUUACGAGUGCACCGUUUGCUAGAAGAGUUUCAAUACACCACAAAAUCUCAGAAGGCAUCUCAGAACCCACACUAGGUAGAAGCCUUUCGAGUUCUCAGUCAGCAAGAAAAAGUGCAGCACAAGCAGCAAUCUCAAACGCCACAUCCGGACGAAGAAACUAUCUGAAUUGGCUCACGUGUGGUUCCCCCUUAGAAUUACGAUUAGUUAAGAGGCAGUCAUUUUCCCGUUUGUCUUUUUUAAUUGUUUUUGAUGAGUGAUUUUGCUGUUUUUACUGACCGGCUGCACUUUUUCGUUAGUGGCUCACGUCUCAAGUACGAAUCCGCGGUCUUAGGACGCUUCCUGUAUUGUUGGUUUCUUCUGACUGAUUUAUUGGUACGUUGGACUCGUCGAAAUUCAUAAUGACCUUUCAAGGAAAUUUCCCGCAGUUCCGUUUUUCUUACGAGUUCUUGGUACCCGAUGCGCGUCACUCUGCAGUCGGACACCGUUGCUUAGGGAGGAAUGCACCACUUUGCUAGUAGUUUGACACAUGUCAUGCCCAUCCGAAGGCUCCCAAGUUUAAGAAGCAUUCCCUUUUAACAAAAAAAUUAUAGCUGGUGACUUCAACAUGCUUGAUUGUAAAAUAAAAUACUAAUGAAUGCUGCCAAACAUUUGUUUUUAUCACUGUUUUGAAACUCUUAAUGAGAAGCAGAUAAAUCUUUUUCUGAAAGGAACAGAGGGUCAUUGUCAGAAGUCUUGAAAUAAUUUAUAUCUAUAUAGACUCGUUAAGAACAAAGGCUACGAAAUAAUUGACUUGCUCCCCAUUUAAAACAAGCUUUCCGCUUAUUCUUUAAACAAAAAAACCGAUGGACAAACCGAAUGUGAUCAGAACAGCGCCGAAAACAUCUCAUAACGAAGGACUCGUUAUUUUAGCGAUAAAUGAGCAAAGUCUCCAAUUGUAAGUUCCCUAACUGAGGUGCUGAGAACAGCCUCAAAUGCAGAAGACCCUUUCUUGUAAAACUUUAACCGUCAAGUAAAUUAUAAUAUUCAUU